AUGGCCGCAACCCGAAGGACCUCUUUGCAAAUUUCAUCAACUCCCACAGGCUUUAGUCUUGGAAAUUUUCUCAAGGCUCAACUUCAAGACCCUCUCCAACUGCAGGCAGUCUGGAAUUUUGUUGGACUUGGUUUUAGUGCGGCGACGAAUGAGUACAAGGUGUUGCAAACAUUUUAUCCUGAGUGUGAAUCGUCCUCACCUGACAACUUAUAUGAGACUGAGAUAUCCACCAUUGGUACGGGAGUUUGCAGAAGCAUUGAGAAUGCACCUUGGGACUAUGUUUGCUUAUCAUUCAAUGUGUUUCUGCACGGAGCUCUUCACUGGGUUUCCGAGAGUACUAGGUAUUCACAGUUUAGGGAGAAGGAAUUUGCAGAUUGUUUGAAGUUGGGAGUGGUGGGAGAUUGUCUCUUCGUAUGCGUGUAUGGUGACGAUCCUAGACAAUUUGACAUGUGGGUUAUGAAAGAGUAUGGUGUCCAGGACUCCUGGACUAAAACUCUUGUGGUCGAAAAAUUGUAUCUGAGGGAACGCAGCUGUGACCUGUAUGAACCACUGAUAUUUUUAAGCAAUGGGGAAAUCCUGAUUGAAAGAUAG